GAAGAGAACAAGAGAGAGAAAGAGAGGUUUGGCCUUUUGGUGAAGAAGAAUGGCAAGAAGAUAAACAGAGUUGCAGAGAAGAAAUAAAGCGGCCAUUUUGGAUUCCAAGCCAAGCUCUCUGCUCUUUUAACGUUUUAUCUUUCUUAUAUCUUUACUGUUUGGUUUCUGAGAAAACAAUAUAGAAGUAAACGAGAGAACAAACAAUUUCGGUUGAGAUUGAGCUCUCCUAAAAUCAAAUUAGAGCCUUUUUGAUUUUUCCCUGUGCUUUCUCGGCGACCAAACAGAACGAAAGCAGAGCAUUUGAAUACUGAUAAUCAUCAACCUCAUCGUUUCGCAGAUCUUGAGGGUUUCAUGUUUUGGUUGCAGAGAAGAGAGGGAGAGAGAGAGAGAUGGAGAAAGAAGGGAAGAGCGAGAAGGAGAGGGAUUUUUUGCUGCAGUGGGGAAACAGAAAGAGGCUGAGAUGUGUGAAGGUCAAGAAAGAUCAGAACUUGAACAACAACAACAACAACAACAACAACAAUGAUAAAUCAUCUUUGGAUUGUUUGGAUAAGAAGAAAGUAAUCACUUCUCGGAUUGUAUCUUCUCCCAAAGAUUCUUCUUCAUUACAACAACGACUCAACAAGAAUUUGGGUUCACCGACUAACAACCGUAAGCCGGCGGCUUUGUCCCCUGAGAAGGAAGAUCGGUACUACACGACAAGGGGUUCGUUGGGAUUGGAUGAGAAUGGGAAGAUGUUGGGGUUAGAUCAUCAUAAUGGUCAUUUAGGGGAUAUCAAAAGAAAUAAUGUUUGGCCAAAAUUGUUUCUUUCAUUGUCUAGUAAAGAAAAAGAAGAGGAUUUUAUGGCCAUGAAAGGGUGUAAGCUUCCUCAAAGGCCUAAGAAAAGAGCAAAAUUCCUCCAGAAAAGCUUACUUUUGGUAAUGCCUGGUUCAUGGUUAUCAGACUUGUGCCAAGAAAGGUAUGAAGUUAGGGAGAAGAAGGCUUCAAAAAAGAGACCCAGAGGAUUAAAGGCCAUGGGAAGUAUGGAAAGUGAUUCAGAAUGAGAGUGAUUUUAUACUAUUGGAAUUAAAACAGAGAAAAAGAAGAUGGGCGUGACUUUUUUCCUUUGAACAGUUUAAGAGGGUGAGAAAAAAGCUUGGAAGAAUUGAAAAAUGAAAGCAAGCGGGGAAAAAAGGAAAAAGAAAGAAAAUGUUGCCCAUUUUCCAUGCGGUGGAAUUUGCUUAGGAUUUGGAAAUUCAAACAAAUAAAAAUCAUUUUCUUCUUUUGAUAGCCCCUUUUAGCUUCUGAGGCUGCUUUUUUCUUAUUCUUUAUUAUUUCUCUGUUGAUUUUAAUAUCAUUCUCAAGCUUCAUGUGAGCUCCAGGCAAUCCCAUGAAGGGUUCAUUUUUUUGUUGGAAAUGUAUGGACAGUCUGGUUGUAUUAAUAUUUGAAUGGCCUUUAAAUCUUUGGAUUAUCUA